AUGAUAACAUUUCAUCAUCGAAACAAGAACAAACAAGAACAAGACGGUAUUGAUACGUUGAAUCACGAAGCAUUCAGCGAGGCCGAUCUCUAUACUCACAAUUCACCCAUAUGGAUGUAUGUGGCUCCAAUAUUGAUCAUAGUAGGAGUGACAGAAAACUGUUUAUCUAUUCUAGUGCUAACUCGUGACAGAUUUAUACACGUUCCCAGCCGCGUGACCCUGGUUGCUUUGGCAAUAGUGGACUGUGUGGUUUUGUUCAUCGGUCUCAUCCGAUAUUGGUUAAAUGUGACUUUUGAUAUGCACCCAGUCGAAUGGAACAGUGCUUGGUUUCUAUUCUCUUCGCAUUUGAGCUCUUGUUUAGUCGCACUGCUCAGUGUGGAACGCUUCCUUGCUGUCUGUCUGCCGCGCAAGAUAUUUCGACCAUCAAUCGAUAAACUCGGAACGGUUUUGCUGAUCGUUGUGCUGACGGAUUCUAACGAUAAGGAUGAGCAUAAAAAGUACGUGUGCUCCAGUGAAAGCGACUGGGUUGCAUUGUGGCAGGACAUUGCAGACGUGCUUUUGUUAUUUGUUCUACCUUGUAUCGUCAUUACCACAUGUAACAUCUAUAUUAUUUUGGCUAUACGCAGAAAUUCCAAACGAGUGGGCCGAUCCGGAAAACGUCGAGAUACGCUUCCUACAAUUAGUUCCAAACCGGUCGAAUCCGAACAGACUGCAUUCGGUCGAAAAUCGCCCAACCGGAUACGUGGCGGUGAGAAACACCGGAAUGUACGAAUAACAACCACCUUGUUGUGUGUCACGUUCGCAUUUCUUUUAUGCAAUUUGCCGUUCGCUGUGGUUCACAUAAUGCGCACCGCGGACAGCAGUCGGCGAACACGAGAAUGGAACAUCGCCUGGUUGGUUACAUACAUUCUGGUCUAUGUGAAUAAUUGUCUUAAUUUCCCCAUAUACGUGGUCUCACAGGAACAGUUUCGAAACGAGCUGAAGAAUCUGUGUUGCACUAAACGUUUUGGACGAGGAUAUCUAUCGCAAAUGUUUACCGCUUCUGUGAUUCCUAAUCUAUUGAGUUCUUGGGACGUUCAGCGGACCCAUAAAAGAGGAAACUACGAUGGUACUUUAAGUAGUUACCGAAAAUUAAUUAUACAGAAAUGCGAUAAAAAUUUCCUGUCAGUAGACAAAACGACCGAAUCAAUGAAAAUUCAUGGUACAUCUUAA